AUGGCACAGGAUGUUGGUGUAAUUGUGUAUGGUGAAUGUUGUAAUGGUGUAUUGUGUUUACCCGUUGAGGUUAAUCAAUUUGACAAAAGUUCAGCUGGAGUAUUUGCCAGUUUAUUAGAGGAAGAAGGAUACUGCCAUUAUGAAGCUCGAGUAAUGUUAGCAGGAGAACAAGGCACUGGAUCAGCGUCAGCUCAAGUUGAAGUUGUUUCUGAUGGACUAACUCAAAGCCCGUUAUCAUCGGAAAGUCUUUCACCAGUAGCUGAGAAUGAUAAAUGUUGUGACUCUACAACUGCAAUUGAUUUAUUGCGUAGUGACGAAAUACAUCCAAGAGAAAAAUCGUAUAUCAAUAAUGAAGAAAAUGAUCCAUUUCCCGUUCAGAGUGAAAUAUUGAACUCUAAAUUAAGUAGCUACAGGAUAGAUAUUGGGCAGCCCUCAACUGAAAGGAAAAUAUCUGAAAAAAAGAAAAAUAUAAGAAAAGCAGCAGUAGAGCCAUCCCCAGUUAUCUUAGAACAAUCCUUCGACGAUACCAAACAAAGAAGAAAUAUUAUAAAAACUCCUCCUUCAGUCCUUAGGCAAACUACACCGGAUAUAUUGAAUGUAGUUGUUGUUCCGACAACUGCGUUAUCAGUCCCUGCGAAGGAAACACAAUAUUUUAGUUACGCAGAGACAGAAACCAAAGCACCAGAAAAAAAUUCUACUACAGAAGUAUUACGAAACCGUGGUAUCAUUGGAAAGUUAAAGAAGCUAUUUGGUGUUCAAAGACAUGUUGAUGAAAUAAAGGUGGUUAUGACAAAAGAAAGAUUUUGGGAGGAAACAGUUAAAACUGGAAAAACGAAGCUCCAUCACAGGAAAAUAGCUCCAGUGAUCAUUUGGGACGUCGGAGGGCAAGAUGUAUUCUAUAGUACCCACCAAACGUUUUUGACAUAUCGAGCUAUUUACUUGCUAGUUUUGGAUGGUAGAAGAAACCUUGAUGAUCCAUGUAUGUACGAACAGUAUCUGCCUGGCAAGAGUGGUCAUAAGACACCUAGAGAAAAUAUAUAG